CGAUCAAACGUAUUAGCAACUGUCAACCCCUAUAAUCCCUUUCCAGUUAUUUAGUUUUGGUGUUUUCUUGUGUUGUCUCGGGCUUUUCCCGCGGGCAGCUGUGAGCGCUUCCCCAGUGUUUUGGCGUCGGAUAAACAUGGCGGAGCUGAAGGACUGUGCAGAACUGAAGGAUUUCUUGAAGAUCAUUGGCUCUUAGAGAUUCAGAGAGAGUUUGCAGCAUCAGACGCGUCUGUCAGAGUUGAUGAUUCAGCAGGAGAAGCCGUUGGCGGGCAGCAUGCCGGUGGUUUGGCCCACGCUGCUCGACCUCAGCAGAGAUGAGUGCAAGCGAAUCCUGCGCAAACUGGAGCUGGAAGCGUACGCCGGCGUGAUCAGCGCUCUGCGCGCUCAAGGAGAUCUCACCAAAGACAAGAAGGAGCUGCUCGGAGAACUCACUCGAGUGCUGAGUAUCUCGACGGAGCGCCAUCGAGCGGAGGUGCGCAGAGCCGUGAAUGAUGAGCGCCUGACCACCAUCGCGUAUCACAUGUCGGGGCCCAACAGCUCAUCGGAGUGGUCCAUCGAGGGCCGUCGGCUGGUUCCUCUCAUGCCCAGACUGGUUCCUCAGACGGCCUUCACUGUGAUGGCCAAUGCGAUGGCCAACGCCACGGCGCACCAGAACUCCUCGCUGCUCCUGCCCGCCGAAACCGCCAACAAAGAAGUGGUGGUGUGUUAUUCAUACACCAGCACCACCUCCACUCCACCCAGCGCAUCGGCUCCCAGCAGCAGCAGCGCAGCAGCGGUCAUCAAAUCCCCUCGACCCGCCAGCCCUGCCUCAAACGUGGUGGUGCUGCCCAGCGGGAGUACGGUCUACGUCAAGAGCGUGAGCUGCUCCGAUGAGGACGAGAAACCUCGUAAGAGGCGGAGAACCAACUCGUCUAGCUCCUCCCCCGUGCUGCUGAAGGAGGUGCCUAAAGUGGCCACGCCCAUUUCCAAAACCAUCACGGUUCCGGUCAGCGGCAGCCCCAAGAUGAGCAACCUGAUGCAGAGCAUCGCCAACUCGCUGCCACCGCACAUGUCACCGGUGAAGAUCACCUUCACCAAACCCUCCACCCAGACCACCAACAGCACCACGCAGAAGGUGAUAAUCGUGACGACGUCUCCCAGCUCCAACUUCGUGCCAAACAUCUUGUCCAAGUCGCACAACUAUGCGGCCGUGUCUAAGCUGGUGUCGAGCGCCGCGCUCAACGCCGCCAGCCACAAACAGACCAUGGUGAUCUCAGCCGGCUCCGCCGUGGCCCCGGGGCCCAGUCCUGUCGCUGUGACGACCAUGGUGUCCUCCACACCUUCAGUGGUGAUGUCCACCAUCGCGCAGGGGGGCUCCUCCGCGGCGGUGAAGGUGGCCUCCACUCGUCUGCCGUCUCCGAAGGCUCUGGUCAGCUCUCCGUCUCAGAUCCUGCAGAUUCCCAAAGCGCAGCAGACGGCUGUUCAGUCCGCGUCUCCUAAAGGCCUGCAGGCCCCGUCUCCUCAGAGUGCCAGCAUCGCCGCCGGAGCCAAACCCACCAUUCAGAUCAAACAGGAGUCUGGAGUGAAGAUCAUCACGCAGCAGAUGCAGCCCAGUAAGAUCUUACCCAAACCCUCCAGUGCAGGGCUGCCCAGCAGUAGCUCCGCCCCCAUCAUGGUGGUCAGCAGCAACGGUGCCAUCAUGACCACCAAACUGGUGUCCACUCCCACAGGCUCUCAGGCAACGUACACUCGGCCGUCUGUCAGUCCCGCUAUCGGUGCGCGAGUGGCCACGUCUCCCGCCGGAGCCACGUACGUCAAAACCACGAGCGGCAGCAUCAUCACAGUCGUGCCCAAGUCUCUGGCCACGCUGGGCGGCAAGAUCCUCACCUCCAACAUGGUGUCGGGAACCACCACCAAGAUCACCACCAUCCCCAUGACCUCCAAACCCAACGUCAUCGUGGUGCAGAAGACCACUGGCAAAGGGACCACCAUCCAGGGUCUGCCGGGGAAGAACGUGGUGACGACGCUGCUGAACGCCGGGGGAGAGAAGACGCUGCAGGCCGUGCCCGGAGCCAAGCCAGCGAUCAUCACCGCGUCACGGCCCAUCACCAAAAUGAUCGUGACGCAGCCCAAGAGCCUCGGCGCCGGCGUCCAGCCGUCCACCAAAAUCAUCCCCACCAAGAUCGUCUACGGACAGCAGGGCAAAACACAGGUCCUGAUCAAGCCCAAGCCCAUGGCGUUUCAGACGGCGGUGGUCAGCGAACAGGCCCGUCAGCUGGUCAGCGAGACGCUGCAGCAGGUCUCACGCAGUGCAGAAUCCACCGCCGGAUCCGGCCAGGAGGGGGCGCUCAAGGACGACUCGCCCUCGUAUACAGAGAGCAGCUCGGUGACCUCCGACAGCACUCACGACGCUCUGCCGGUGGUGCACCUCAUCACCUCCAGAGGGCAGGAGUGGACGGAGCAGGAGGUGUCUGUGGAAGCGAGUCCCACCAUCAUUUACCAGGACAUGACAGGAGAGUCUCAGUCGGCCACAUCCACCAUCAAAGCCCUGCUGGAGCUGCAGCAGACCAGCGUGAAAGAGAAGAGCGACGCCAAACCUCGCCAGCACACCAUCGACCUGAGUCAGAUGGCAGUGCCGAUCCCGGUGACGGCGGAGAGGAGACAGUCCCCGGAGCCGUCGGGUCAGAGCGCCGGAGAGACGGACGCCGUCACGGAAUACAUCCCCAUCGGUAAAGUGUGUAAGGCUGUGAUCGGAGGAGACGUCGCUGCAUCCAGCAGCCCGAGUCCGUCAGCGUCGUGUCCGCCCCCAGCAGUGCCACCGACAGCCAAGAGCAGCACCGCCGCACCCGCUGCGUCUGGACACGCCACACAACAGGUGGAGGCGUGUGUGGCGCAGGUGAAGCCGCUGCAGGAGCAGAUGGUGGUGGAGGAGGGCGAGUUAGAGGGAGACACUCUGGAUCCUCAGACGGGUUUGUUCUACCGCUCGUCUCAGCAGCACCGCAGUCCUCCACCCAAACCUGCAGCUGGCCUGUCUGACACACCCACUUCCUCCAAGAGGGUGGAGCCUCUCGUGGCCCGAGUCUCUGUGCAGAGAGUGUCUGCGUCCGUGUCUGCAGCUGCGUCUGCGGCGCUCGUCUCCUCGAACCCUCCACACACACCACAGCUGCCUAAACUGCAGCAGGCGCCCUCCUCACACCACCGGCCCAACACACACACGCAGCUGUCGCAGCCGCCGCCGCUGCAGGCGCAUCACCCCGUGGGCUCCAGCAAGACGCCCGGCUGCAGCCAGUGGAUCAGUGAUGGUUCUCUGUCUCAGGUGCAGCAGCCGAUCAUCACGCAGGGCGCGGCCGUCACGAAGAUCACGUUCGGUGCUCAUCAGUGUCCCCCAGUGUCCAGCAGCGGCGAGGCGUCCGUCAAGCUCCAGCCAGAGUCCAGCUCCAGUCGCUCGGCGGCAGAGAAGACCUCCGUCUCCGACAUCCUGAAGAUCUCCAUGAUGGAGGCGGAGAUCGACCCCAGCGUCGAGCCCAUGGUGGUGGACUCAUCCAGCGACUGCGGCCCAUUGACCAAAACACCGAGCGCCUCGCCGCUCAUCAGCAGCUCCAAACAGACGCUCACUCACGGAGCCUUCAGCCGCGUCAAGAGCAAAGACCUGGACAUCAUACAGGUGAUCCCGCAGUACUCCAUCAUGCCUGAUUCCAGCCAAUCAAAUGUGGUGGUGGAGCCCAGCGGCUUUCUGGAGAUCACCGACUACACCAGCCAGCGUCUGGACGAGGAGGCCGCCAUGGAACAGGAAGUGGACAGCAGCAACGACGAGGGGGCGGCGACCAGCCCCAUGGCCGACCAAUCGCAGUGAAGCGUGCGGAUUUGAUUUGUUCAGAGGAGAAAGACCUUGUGUUUGUGCUUCAUCACGGCUGUAUAGAGAAUCAUGCAGUGAGUUUGUGCUGUAGAGCGAAACCUUAUUUUAUGGAGAAUCCUAUUCCUGACAGAACGAUAGGAAAGUUUGUGUUGAUUUCUACUUAAAAAGGGACAGUUCACCAAAAAAAUCUUCAUUUACUCGCCAUCAAGUUGAUCAAACCUGCACAAGUUUCUUUAUUCUUUAGCCAUUGACUUUCAUUGUGGGGGGAAAAAAAGUCAAUGGGGACCAAAAAAAAUCUUCUGCUGUGUUUAACAAUUCAUACAAGAUAUUUCACAGGGCCCUGAAAUAUCAUUUCUGUUAAAAAUCUGAAUAGAUAUUUUGAAGAAUGUUUGUCACCAAACAGUUAACGGUAGCCAUUGUAGGGAAAAAUACAAUGAAAGUCAAUGGCUACCGUCAACUGUUUGGUAACACGCAUUCUUCAAAAUAUUCAUACAGGUUUGGAACAACCUCAUGGUGAUUGAUUGAUGACAGAGUGAUCUUUUUAGGUGCACUGUCCCUUUAAUUUAUAGUUUUAAUUGGAGCUGAUGGACUGGAACCUUCCAGAUGAUGAGCGCUGCUUCAUCAGGACAUUUCGUGACUCCGCCUCAGCUUGUGUUCUGCUCUCUGAUUGGUGUAAAUAGCGUUUGUGCCCUCUCUCAUGUGUCUUGUUUGAGUCUCGUUUGUGCUGGAUGGAUGUAACGCUCAGCAUUUUAACUCAUAAACUUUACUACAAAGCUCUGUUGUGUGCUGUGAUUGUGCACGUGUU